AUGGCUCAACCUUCGACCCCUGGCCAAGCGCCGCAAUCCAUCUUCGGCGGGCCGAUCCCUGUCGCUGGAACUGCCCCGUCCCAAGGCAUCGUCAGUCAGGUCUCAUCCGCCCUCACUACGCAGCAGCCAGGGCCGACGCCGCCCUCGGCUGCUUCAGGAUCCUCCUCGUCGAACAACACAUAUAUCAUGCCCAACUCCCCCGCAAAAGGUCGCACAGCGGCCGAUGGAUACCGCCCCAAGGUCACCCGCACGCUAGGACAGAGACCCGCUUGUCUAGUCAACGCCUCCGUGACGUACUGUGGGAACAAUCAGAUCUAUGCUUUUGGCGGUUUCGAUCAGUACACAGAUGAGGUCUAUAACCAUGUGCUGAGGCUGGACCUCGUCAGUCACCAGUGGAGUCUCGUCGACAACUAUGGAGAUAUCCCGGGCGUCAGAAUGGGGCAUACUGCCACACUAUAUCAAGGAGAUAAGCUUCUUGUCUUUGGCGGCGAAAACGAACAUCGAACGUACCUCUCCGACCUCAUCGUCUUCGACUUAAAGACAGCACACUGGACCCAGCCUCAGGUCACCGGGCCGAUCCCCAAAGGCAGAGCCCGACAUGCUGCGAUCCUGCACGAGGACAAGCUCUUCGUGAUCGGUGGCAUUACCGGCCAGAACAACUAUGUCUUGGAUGACAUUUGCUACCUGGACCUCAAGACAUUCACUUGGUCCAAAUCUUGGCGUUUCGUCGGCCGGUUCGACCACUCAGCAUACAUCUGGGGCGAUCGAGUGUGGGUGUUUGGCGGGCUGAGUGAGGAUAUGGACAAGAUUGGUGAUUUGUGGUGGUUGGACCUCAAAGGCAACCCCCAAUUUGACUCGCGCCCUCAAAUUGGUGUUUUUGAUCGAACCCCGAUCAACAGCAGGGUAAGCGGUUCGCCUCGAGCGCCUUACUCAAUGGCACAAGCCCCUGUCGUUGGCGCAUCUGGGUACGCCGCCAACUCCCGAACAGCUCAAGUGAAUCCGCCAUCGUUCCAACUCAAAUCUUUGGCUCCCAUGGCGCCGGGAUCUAUCUCAGCCUUAAAGUUCAUGUCUGGACCAGCCAUUCCAGCACAAGGGUCGGGAAUCCACUACCACGCCUACUCUUCAGGGACUCUGCUCGACUUCGUGACACCCGCCGCCACGAUAACGCCAAGAGAAUGCUCGUUAUCAGCCCUCGACCUAGGAACCCUUCGCUGGCAGAAGCUCGCUGAGGGCCGUGAGAUCUUCAGAACUGGGUAUAGAUGGCACUAUUGUACCAUGAAUGAAGAUGGGACAAAAGCUUGGUUGCUGGGCUGUCCUACUGACCUCGCAGCAACAGACUUGGGUCCUAAUGGCUAUGAAGAAUAUCUGAGUGAUAUCAUGGAAAUUGACCUCCGAAGAUAUGGCUUCCUGGGAGACAACCUAGCCUCAGAGUCUCGCGCUGAAUCAAGACCCUCAGCGACAAGGAUACUUGAUCAGCCUUCCAAGGGCCUUGGAGCAGAUCUCGCGAAGCUCUUUAACCGACCUCCCGAGACUGGUAGCGGUACCGACUUCAUCGUCACCGCCCUAGCCGGAGACUACGAUGAGGACGAUGCGCUCAGCUCCGGGCUGAUUCGAUCCGACGAAACACCCCGAGACCAAAACUGGCUAUCAGCCGACACACCAACUUCACAGCCCAUCCAUGUCCAUAAGCUUAUCCUCCAAGCACGCUGGCCGCACUUUGCACGCCUCUACAACGCUCAGAUGGCUGAAUUCCACACCAAGAAGAUGCAUAUUCCGGAACCAUACACGGUGGUCAAGGCCUUCCUUUACUACCUAUACACGGAUAGCAUUCACGGCACAUCUGAUGCGGACAGCGAUGCGACAACGGGACUCUCCGAAGUAGCGGGCCUACUGGUGAUGUCCAACAUUUAUAACAUCCCUCACCUCCGACUCCUAUGCGUCAACCGCCUAGCUAAAGAGCUUGACGUCGACCACGCUUGCGUCAUCUGGUAUUGCGCAGGCCUUGCCAAUGAGGAGUGGCUUAGGAAGCGGUCCGCCAACUUCUGCAUGACGCACUGGGGCCGCAUCGUCCGUACACAGGGAUUCCUCCGGCUGCCACGGUCUGCUCUCGUCGAGCUCUCUCAGGAAAUCGAUAUGGAGGGUCGCGUCGUCGGAGGUGAUGAGCUGGAGUGGGGCGGCAUGUCUGGGCGCUUCGGUGAAGGCAUGGGCCAUGGCGCCCGCAAGGAGAGCAUCAGCAGCAGCCACACUCAGAUGCUGGAGUCUGAGGCUGACGAGGACGACGGCAUGGAGCUCAACUAA